AAUAAUGCCAGGAGACUGCUGUGUGUGUGUGAUACGUAUGUUGUGUUUUUGGGUACAUUCCCUGGCUGCUGGUCUACAUGUCGUCUUAAUCCCCUCCAGCCACCGGAAGCGCUAGAUAAAGCCGAGGUUGCAAAGUGCGUCACUGCGCGCGGAGCAGCUGAGAAUAAACCACAGCCUGCAGUCCAGUCCGGUCCAGCACCCACCGACACCCACCGCUUCUGCACCGGAUCUCCAGCGGAGUCCUCGGCCCAGGCAUGGUGAAGAUCGCGUUUAACUCUGCUCUGGCGCAGAAGGCGCUGGGGAAGGAGGCUCCGGCAGCGGUGAAGGAUCCGGAGCUGGCCUCUGCUCCUGCAGGGACUGAGGGCUCCACAGGUCGCUGUCUGCUCACCCUGCUGGGCAUCGCCUUCAUCCUCAGUGGCCUCAUCGUGGGGGGAGCGUGUCUCUACCGAUAUUUCACCCCGAAGAGGCUGUAUCAUGGAGCGAUGCAGUUCAGCGACGUGUCAGCUGGAGCCGGACAGGAGAGCCAGCCAUACUACCUGCCCCAAGUGGAGGAGAAGGUGGAGAUUUCAGACAACAUGGCCGUCAUCAGCGUCCCCCCUCCCCGCUUCAGGCCUGGAGAUCCCGCCUACAUCCUCCACGACUUCAACAGGAAGCUGACAGCGUAUUUGGAUCUGACCCUGAGGACAUGCUUCGUGAUCCCCCUCAACACCUCGGUGGUGCUCCCCCCUCAGGACCUCAUCGACCUCUUCUCACAGCUGAUGUCUGGCUCAUAUCGCAGCUACCUGGUGCACGAGGAUCUGGUGGUGACGGAGCGCAUUGACGAUAUUAAGCCUCUGGGUUUCUAUAUCCGCCGCCUGUGUGAUGGCAAGGAAACCUACAGAAUGCAACGCCGUGCCAGUCUGCAAGGUGGAGGCAUCCAGAAACGUGCUGCUGAAGACUGCUUCACCAUCCACCACUUUGAAAACACGUUUGUGACAGAGACCAGGAUCUGCAAAGCCUAAAUGGAGCGGCUUAGGUCGGAGAGAGAGAGAGAGAGUGAGAGUGUGAUGACAGGGAGAGAGAGUGGACGGGAGUGGGCGAAGUAGGGCACAACUUUCAAAGUGGAAAGUUACUUUUGUAUAAAUCUCCAGUUUUUUGCCUCCCUGCUUUAGCUUUAGUGAUAUGUGAAUUUACGUUACAGUGUUCUAGCCUAUAACUCCUCCUCUGCUGUUACUCCCACGCACCUGUAGAGGUCUUUGCUUAUUACGCUAAGUAAGUAUUCACGAGCUAGUCUUGUACUGAUAAUCUGCAUCAGCCUGCUAACUGAGAAUUUACUGAGUUUCGUUCCUUGUGUUUGCUUUUCUUCUGUUGCUUCAACGUCCUGCAGACUGAUCUUAUCGCUAUUAUUGUAUUCCAACUUCCAGUCACUUCCAGAGAUGAGAGUUGUUGUCUACUGAAUAUCCUUCUGAUGAUGAGAAGUCGUUCAUAUCAAGACCUGUUUGUAUGUCAGCCUACCGUUCCCACUCUUAAAAUGUGCUUAAUAGAGCAGCCUUGUCUCCUUCAGAAAACAUAUGUUCCUGUAGUAGGAUGUAGAACAGGUCACCAUGGCAACCUACCUACAGUACAGUGCAGUUACAUGACACAUGUAACAUGGUCGUCUUUGCACAAGCCAGAGCUCUCAGUCACCACGUUGUAGAUAAUUCCCAGAGUGCCCUGCUGCACCCAGAGGCCUCUGCUGUCCUGCUGUGAUUUAUUAUUAACCUCAUGUAACUGAUGGUGAACAGUCCAGCCACCAUGUGACCAGUGUUUGUGUUUGUGUAGAAACCUCAUUUGUGAAAAACAACACUCGCAGGACGGUUUAUGAGAUGACGCUGAAGGGAAAUUUGAGCCAAUUUUUUACUGAUGAGGUACUUCUUAUUCCUUUUGACAAUGUCUUAUUUGAAUGUGUAGUCCCAUAAUAAGAAAUCACUUUUAUUAAGACAGCAAUGAGAAAUUAGUAUUCAACGUACUGAGGGUUUUGCGGAAUUCUAUGUAUUUAAAUUCGUAAAACCAUGCAAUAAAUUUGCAUAACGUCACUGUCCUUGGUUUUUUUUAAAGCUCUUAAGAGAAGCACAAAGCAUGGGGCUUUUGCUUAUGAACUUGUAAGCUAUUUCAAGUCUCCCACUCAAAGCCUGUACAGAAAGACAAUCAGACAGGAAGUGUGUUUGUACAAAAGUGUUUCUGUUUCAGCUUUUUAACUGAGUAUGAAUACAUAUACAAUAGGACAUUAGGGAAAAACAAAUGUUGUGUGCAGCUAAUAAACUGAGUUCACUUUGUUGUUGAAUAAAGUUGGAUUUCUUUACCGA